AUGAGUUUCUCCGUAUUGAGCCCCACCAGAAAUUUGGAUGGUGUCUCUGGGUUCUUUCAAGUGGUCUUCCUGCUCAGCCUAUUUCUGGUGCUUUUCAAGGCAGUCCAGUUCUACUUAAGAAGGCAGUGGCUGCUCAAGACGCUCCAGAAUUUCCCAUCCACACCUUCCCAUUGGCUUUGGGGACACCAACUGAAGGACAAGGAGCUCCAGCAGAUUCUUACAUGGGUGGAGAAAUUCCCAAGUGCCUGCUCACAGUGGCUCUCAGGGAGCUGUGCUCGAGUCCUGCUCUAUGACCCUGACUAUGUGAAGAUGAUUCUGGGGAGAUCAGAUCCAAAGGCUUCUGGUGUUUACCGAUUUAUUGCUCCCUGGAUUGGCUAUGGUUUGCUUCUGUUGAAUGGGAAGAAGUGGUUCCAGCACCGACGGAUGUUGACCCCAGCCUUCCACUAUGACAUCCUCAAACCCUAUGUCAGAAUCAUGGCUGACUCUGUCAAUACAAUGCUGGACAGAUGGGAGAAGCUUGAUGGCCAGGACCACCCUCUGGAGAUCUUUCACUAUAUAUCCUCAAUGACUCUGGACACCAUUAUGAAGUGUGCUUUCAGCUAUCAGGGAGGUGUCCAGUUGGAAGGAAAUUCCAGGUCCUACACUAAGGCUGUUGAGGAUCUGAACAACCUGGCUUUCUUUCGAAUUAGGAGUGCCUUUUAUGAGAAUGACACCAUCUACAAAAUGUUCUCCGAUGGCCGUUUGUCCCACCGUGCCUGCCAGAUUGCUCAUGAGCACACAGAUGGAGUGAUCAAGAUGAGGAAGACUCAGCUGAAGAAUGAGGAAGAGCUGGAGAAGGUCAAGAAGAAGAGGCGAUUGGAUUUCUUGGACAUCCUUUUGUUUGCCAAAACAGAGGAUGGGAACAGUUUGUCUGAUGAGGACCUGCGUGCAGAGGUGGACACAUUCAUGUUUGAGGGCCAUGACACAACAGCCAGUGGAAUAUCCUGGAUUUUCUAUGCUCUGGCCACCCACCCUGAGCACCAACAAAGAUGCAGAGAGGAGGUGCAGAGCAUCCUGGGUGAUGGAACCUCUAUCACCUGGGAUCACCUGGACCAGAUGCCCUACACUACCAUGUGCAUCAAGGAAGCCCUGAGGCUCUACCCCCCUGUACCAGGUGUGAGUCGAGAGCUCAACACACCUGUCACCUUCCCUGAUGGACGCUCCUUACCCAAAGGUGUCUCAGUUGCCAUCUCCAUUUAUGGCCUUCAUCAUAACCCAAGUUUGUGGCCAAACCCUAAGGUGUUUGACCCUUCUAGAUUUGCACCAGAUUCUUCUCGGCACAGCCAUGCUUUCCUGCCCUUCUCAGGAGGAGCAAGAAACUGCAUUGGGAAACAGUUUGCCAUGAAUGAGCUGAAGGUGGCCGUGGCCCUGACCCUGCUCCGCUUUGAGCUGCUGCCAGAUCCCAACAGGAUCCCGGUCCCCAUGUUGAGACUGGUGUUGAAGUCCAAGGAGGGGAUCUACCUGCGUCUCAAGAAGCUGAGAUAA